AAAGCAAAAAGCGGCGUUGUCCCAGUGCGGUCUUUUUUAAGCGUACAAGCUAAAAGUGUGGGGAAGUGAUUUUUUAAAAAAAAAUCCAAGCAAAAUGAGGGAAAUCGUCCACAUUCAAGCUGGGCAAUGUGGUAACCAGAUCGGUGCUAAGUUCUGGGAGGUGAUUAGUGAUGAACAUGGGAUCGACCCCACUGGAACCUACCACGGCGAUAGUGACCUACAGCUCGACCGCAUCAGUGUUUACUACAAUGAAGCCACAGGUGGCAAAUACGUCCCUCGCGCCAUCUUGGUUGACCUGGAACCAGGAACUAUGGACUCCGUGAGGUCUGGACCUUUCGGUCAGAUCUUCAGACCAGACAACUUCGUGUUUGGCCAGAGCGGAGCUGGCAACAACUGGGCCAAAGGCCACUACACAGAAGGUGCUGAGCUGGUGGAUUCUGUCCUGGACGUGGUCAGGAAGGAAGCGGAGAGCUGCGACUGCCUUCAGGGUUUCCAGCUGACCCACUCCUUGGGCGGCGGCACCGGCUCCGGGAUGGGCACGCUUCUGAUCAGCAAGAUCCGCGAGGAAUACCCCGACCGCAUUAUGAACACCUUCAGCGUGGUGCCAUCUCCCAAGGUCUCCGACACCGUGGUGGAGCCGUACAACGCCACCCUCUCUGUGCACCAGCUGGUGGAGAACACGGACGAGACCUACUGCAUCGACAACGAGGCGCUCUACGACAUCUGCUUCCGCACCCUCAAGCUCACCACGCCCACCUACGGCGACCUGAACCACCUCGUCUCGGCCACCAUGAGCGGCGUCACCACCUGCCUCCGCUUCCCCGGGCAACUGAACGCCGACCUCCGCAAGCUGGCGGUCAACAUGGUCCCGUUCCCCCGCCUCCACUUCUUCAUGCCCGGCUUCGCCCCCUUGACCAGCCGUGGCAGCCAGCAGUACCGUGCCCUGACGGUGCCCGAGCUGACGCAGCAGGUCUUUGAUGCCAAGAACAUGAUGGCGGCCUGCGACCCCCGCCACGGGCGCUACCUGACGGUGGCAGCUGUUUUCCGCGGCCGCAUGUCCAUGAAGGAGGUGGACGAGCAGAUGCUGAACGUGCAGAACAAGAACAGCAGCUACUUCGUGGAGUGGAUCCCCAACAACGUCAAGACAGCCGUCUGCGACAUCCCUCCCCGAGGCCUCAAGAUGGCGGUCACUUUCAUCGGCAACAGCACGGCCAUCCAGGAGCUCUUCAAGCGCAUCUCCGAGCAGUUCACAGCCAUGUUCCGGCGCAAGGCCUUCCUCCACUGGUACACGGGCGAGGGCAUGGAUGAGAUGGAGUUCACAGAGGCCGAGAGCAACAUGAACGACCUGGUGUCCGAGUACCAGCAGUACCAAGACGCCACGGCGGAGGAAGAAGAGGAUUUCGGCGAAGAGGCCGAGGAGGAAGCUUGAGGCGAGUCUGCUGGCAGUUCGAAAAACAAAACAAAAAAGUAAAUAAAUCCGCACAAAAAUAAAAAUUAAAAAAAACCCUGCAUCUCCACGUUCUGUUUCUUUUUCCUUCCUCUCAAGCCUGUCAACCCCUUCCUGCAUCUCUUAAUGGGCCAGUCUCCCCAUUUUAACCUUGCCUGCACUCUGCAUUUCUUCUCAGUGGUGGGAACAGCCUGUGGCCGAUUUAACAGUGAAACGGCUGCUUAGAGAGUCCCUUGAGAGCGGCUG